UUGCUCCAAUUUCAGACGGAUUCUUCAUCCCAAAUUGAAAACUCGUUCAUUGAUCUCGAGAACGCGAACGACAACAUUCGUCGUCAAGCACUCGAUGAUAUUGAAAAUCUAAGCACAGGGGUUCCAAAAGAACAGUUCAUCAGCAUUUACCGAAGACUUCUCAGCUAUUUUAAGAUAUGUCCCACAAAUUCCUCUUUUGCUGUACAACUUGGAAAGCGUAUUUGGGAAAAGUUAACAGAAAAAGGAUCAUAUUUUAACUGCAAUGAAUUGCUGAAAAUGUUUUUGGAUAUCAUUGGUUUCAAAAUAGAAAGGGCUGACAUUUCUUCACUCAGCGAAUAUCUAGUGACGGAUUUUUCAUCCCAAAUUGAAAAAUCGUUCAUUGAUCUCGAGAACGCGAACGACAAUAUUCGUCGUCAAGCACUCGAUGAUAUUGAAAAUCUAAGCACAGGGGUUCCAAAAGAACACAGGGAAGAAAUAGUGGAGGGGUGUGUCCUCGCACUUCUUGACUCCAUUAUUUCGCAGAUAGAGAAGAGCCGAUAUGCUGAAGACCACUACGUGAAGGCGCAGGUAGAAAGGGAGGCUGAGCGUCUUCGUGUAAAUAUGGCAUUCAUUGAGGCUUUGCUUUCAAGACAUAGAGCGAAAGCAGGCCAAAUUAUGAGCGAAUCUGCAGAGUACCUGUUCAAUGACCAUCGAAAUCGCGAUCCCCUCCUUUGGGCUGAUUAUUUGGGAGCAAGUGAAUGGAGAGGAAAGGUGGACAUUAAUUAG